UUAGUUAACUUUUAGCUGCGCUUGAGAAUGCUUGGACGAAUCACAGUUAUCGCGUUGCUUGUGGGCCUUUUUGGCUUCAUUGUGCAAUCGGCGCAGGAGGAGGAAUGCGGGUCAUUCAAUGAGGAUCAGAUGCUCAAGCAGAACGGCUUUGCCAUUCCCACCGAGCACCAGUGGGUGGCCCGAAUAGUUUAUAGCAAGGGCUUUGAGGGCAAGAUCAAGGACAAUGGCUGCCUGGGUGUGCUGAUAUCGAAGCGCAAUGUCUUGGCCCCCGCCCACUGUUUUGUCCAGUACAACGGGGUGGCCGAGGCCUUCUCCGUGCACCUCGGUGUCCACAACAAGAGUGCUCCCGUCGGAGUGCGAGUCUGCGAAACGGACGGCUAUUGCACGCGUCCUGCCCAGGAGAUCAAGCUGGCCGAGAUCGCUAUCCAUCCGGAGUACGAUUCGCGAUCGCUUAAGAAUACCCUGGCCGUGCUCACCCUGCAGCGGGACGCCAAAAUCAAUCCGAACGUGAUGCCCAUCUGCAUGCCGCCGCUUCAGUUGCUCAACGACACCCUGGUGGCCCAGACCUUCAUAGUGUCUGGUCUGCGAGUCUUCGAGGAUCUGCGGCUGAAGACCUGGGUAAACACGCUCAGCCGGUCGCACUGCCAGUCGAGGGUCAAGUCGCUGGUCACCAGCAGCAAUACUGUGUGCGGCUACCACGCCAGAAAGGAGGCCUACUACUUGGGUGCCCCGCUGGUGGGGAUGCAGAAGAAGGGAUCCUUCACCCAGAACUUCUACCUGGUCGGCAUUCUGAUCGACUGGGGCUGGGAUAAGGAACGGGUCAUGUCCAGCUUCCUGGCCAUCCGGAACUACAUGGACUUCAUCCAGCUGAAUUCCAACUCACUGAUUGUACGCCACUGAGCGCUGAAUAAAGUACACAAGAGAAAAGGCCA